AUGGAGCCGCCCGCAAGCACCAACUCUUCAGAUCUUUGGCGAUCUUUCGUCUUGGGAUCCACCGAUUUCAAGCCCAAGUCCGUCGUGCCACCUGCGUUGAACUUUUCUGGCCAAGUGCCCUCCUCGCAGAUUUACACCCUCGAACAAGUUGAUGAGUUGCAAGUCAAGAAAAAGUCCACUGUGUCAGACGUUUGUGAGAAAGCUCACCGUAAGAAGAUCAUCAUCUGCUGCGACGGCACCUGGCAAUCAUCUGUGUCUGGAGAGAUUAACAUCCCCUCCAACGUCACACGACUCGCCCGUUCCAUGGCCCUGACAGGAAAGGACGAGGAUGGCAACACCUGUCAGCAGGUCGUCUACUACAGCGCUGGAGUCGGUACCGGCGCCGGUGUAGGCUUAUUCGAGAGGGGGCGUCAAGCUGGCUUUGGUGACGGUCUCGACGCACGAGUUUUCGAGGCGUACAGCUUUAUCGUCACGAACUACGCCCCUAACGACCAGAUCUACUGCUUUGGCUUUUCCAGGGGUGCUUACACCGCCCGAUCGGUAGCAGGUCUGAUUAACGAUAUCGGCAUCAUCCAGCCGAGAGAAUUGGACGACUUUCCGGACCUGUAUGAUCUCUACCGAAAGAGGACUGUCGACAGCUUCAACUUCCGCAAGUCCAAAGAUUUUCGAGAAUGGAUAACAGGCGUGCGUGAACAGGGAUUUGAGUAUCUGGAGGACUCUCCUGACGUGGAUGACCAUUGGUUUAAGGUACCUCAUAACCUUCCCCCGGAGUUUACCAGAAUUGUUGAGGUCGUCGGGGUCUUCGACACUGUUGGCGCCUUGGGUGUCCCGGGUUGGGGGAUCUUUGACUCCAUCGACGAAAUGGGAAUCCCCGUCACAGCUUGGUACACGAAGAUCUUCAACCAGGUCGUUCGGUUCGUUCCUUUUGCCGGCAUUGACAGCCUUGGAUUCCACAACACUUCCCUAAGCAGAUACAUCAAGCAUGCAUUUCACGCACUGUCACUUGAUGAGCACCAACGGGCAUUCACCCCGACCCUCUGGCGCCUCCCAGGCAACAAUGACCAACGUCCGCAGCCCAGCGGCAAGCCGAGGACGGAGCUCGCGGAAGAGUUUAGGGUCCUUGUGCGAACAAAGCUUGGAAAGGCUUCGGAAAAGGAACUUUCUCAGGCUUGGGAAGCCCUGAUUGAAAGCGAGAUGGCCGAACAGUUGACGGAAAGCGACGAAUCGAAGCUACUACAAGUUUGGUUCCCUGGCAGCCACAUCAACAUCGGUGGCGGCAAUCCAUUCAUCCUUUGGGGCUUCCCGUACGACUGUGAACAACUUGCCCUUCUCUCCUUCACAUGGAUGUGUGACCAAAUCAGCAAGUUCGUUCGGAUCGACGACGGACAAAAGAAAGACGGCGAUAGCGAAUGGCGACCAUCGUUAAGUCUUGCCGAUCGCGAAAUUGCAUCACGCCAAAAGCUGAUUCACGGCGCCAAAAUGAAAGAAAGCCUCUGGUGGAACCGGCUUCUGCAGCCAGUCCGAAUAGGGAUCAACCACACCUGGUUCUUCGAGUCGUCUUUGAAGGCGGUUCCCGACGAUGCAGAUGAUGCCUGGGCUAACGGUCCUGUCAUUGAGAUUUUCGAACCCUUCAUGAAAUUUCUGCCCUUUCUGUCAAAGUACAGGACGCCGGGCGAAUACAAAAAGGACAGUGCUGGGAACGAUAUUGGCCAGACAAACGAAGAAAUGCAUCCCUCCAUCCACUACAGAGUGGCUAACCACCCCUCAUACCGCCCAACGCCUCUUGAGGGCUUCUUGAGAUGUAAAAACAUACAGAAGCCCGGCCGGCCUUGGUAUGAGUGGAAGAAAGGAGAUAUCGUCAUACCCGAAUAUGUCAUCAAGGACACCGACUUUAUUUCGCGUCGCCUAGCUGAGCGUUCCCGUGGAGGAAAGGAGUUUCUCGCGUCUCUUGAUGGAAUGAAAUAG